GUCACCGCGGCCCGCACGGGUAGGUACGGGGGGCCGCGGCCUCCUGGGCUGGGCCGGGCCGGGCUUGCGGUUCCCCAGCGCCGACUUGCGCCCGCCCCCGCUGGGGCAUUUAGCCACAUACUUCGGCGGGAAUCUCCUUCCCCGACCUCAUUGGAAAAAAAGGCCUCACCUAUGUCUAUGCGCCUGUUGGAGCACAGUGAUCCAGGUGCUUCAGCUUGAAGGACCUGUGAUGAGUUUGAAAUUCAGACCAUCUGGGAUUAUCUGAAGGACUCCAUGUACGAGAUGUCUGCACCCUCUUGAGCUUCCCUCUCUCCCACUGUGGCAUAUUGCACCUCUGGUUAAACCUGUUGUUCAGUUUUGCUUUACAAAGCUAGUUUCUUCGGAAGAGGAAGAAGGGAUUUCAUUUCCAGAUUCACAUGUCACAUCGAGAGCUACUCUGUUUAUUGUCCUCAAGUUCUUUACCAGAGCAUGUCAUCACACAGCUGUACACUCCUUGUGACUACAACAUACUGCAAAAGGGGAUCUGACUAGUUCCUGCCCUGCCUCGAGACCAGUGUACGUGUGCUUCCAUUUGCCAGUUGAAAGUUGUUUCUUCGCAAGUGUACUAAGAAACAAAUGCAAGCCUGAGGUGCUCUUUCAGAGAAGCAAAUUAUUUAUGCCAGCCAUGUCACUAACUGAAUGGGUUUCACAGUCCCCUGACUCUGACACUAGCUGAAUGGGUUUCACAACUCUCUGGCCUUUGUUAGUAGUCACACUGGGAAUUGUUGACCUGCAACGUUAAUGUUGAGCGUGUUGUGUUUUAAGGUUUUGAGGAAAAUGCAGAGACGGCAUAGCAGCAACACCGACAACGCUCCUCCUGAAAGAAACCGGAGCCAAACAGUCAGUUCUGAAACCAACGUGGAUGAAAGUGGAGUUUUUGAAAGUCUGAAGGCUGAAGCUUCUUCACCACAACAGCUGUUCUCAGGCCUGGCAGGUAUCCCGUCGGGCACCAUCACAGCCACGCCAUUCCAGUCGGGUUUGGUUCUGGGCUCUUCAGCAGGAGGUGGGGAAGUAUUCAUUCAGAUGCCAGCCCCAAGGGAGGAAGGGACCAGUCGUACAGAAGGAGCCCCGUUUCACCACCGGCAAUCAUCCCAUCAUUUCCACCAUGGCCAUCACCGGGGUUCAUCUCUACUGCACAUGGCAGGAGGGGACCGCCACGGGCAUGCUGAGGAAGGCAGUGACGAACAAGCUGGAACUCCAGCCCCAGCUCUUUCAGAGUUAAAAGCUGUGAUCGGUUGGCUGCAGAAGGGACUUCCCUUCAUCUUGAUCCUCCUGGCUAAAGUUUGUUUCCAGCAUAAGCUUGGGAUUGCUGUGUGCAUUGGUAUGGCCAGCACAUUCGCAUAUGCCAACUCAACACUCCGAGAACAGGUUGCUCUGAAGGAGAAGAGAUCAGUGUUCGUUGUUUUCUGGAUCCUGGCCUUUCUCACUGGAAACACCUUGUAUUUGCUUUAUACAUUCAGCUCUCAGCAGCUGUACAACAGCCUCAUAUUUCUGAAACCCAACCUUGAGAGGCUGGACUUCUUUGACCUGAUGUGGAUUGUGGGGAUCGCAGACUUUGUACUGAAGUACCUCACCAUCGCGUUGAAAUGCCUAAUUGUUGCCCUGCCUAAGAUCAUCCUAGCUGUCAAGUCAAAGGGCAAGUUUUAUCUUGUUAUUGAGGAGCUGAGCCAGCUGUUCCGCUCCCUUGUCCCUAUCCAGCUAUGGUAUAAAUACAUCAUGGGAGAUGAUCCAUCCAGCAGCUACUUCCUAGGUGGGAUCCUGAUCAUCCUGUAUAGCCUCUGCAAGUCUUUUGACAUCUGCGGUCGUGUGGGAAGUGUCCGGAAGGCACUGAAGGUCCUUUGUACCCCACAGACCUAUGGAGUUCGUGCUACCAGCCAGCAGUGCAGUGAGGCCGGUGACAUCUGUGCCAUUUGCCAAGCAGAAUUCAGGGAACCUUUGAUCCUUAUGUGCCAGCAUGUGUUUUGUGAAGAAUGCCUCUGCCUCUGGUUUGACAGGGAGAAAACCUGUCCUCUUUGUCGUUCUGUCACAGUAGAAACCCUGCGUUGCUGGAAAGAUGGCACCACCUCUGCUCAUUUCCAGGUGUAUUAAAACCAAGACAUACCAACAAUGGAAUAACAUGUGCGGAGAGAAGAAGCAGCUGGGAAAUCUGGUGACCCCAUGCCCCUAUUUAGUUGCCUGAGGAUUUGUUGUCUUAGUCUUUCUUCCAGCUGUUUCUCCAGGAGCCAACAGAACAAUUGUUACUAGUCAGAAACUUUAUCCUCAAAGGCAAGGAAGAUGUGUUUUAUGUUACAGCAAACUCCAUGGCUAAGCUACAGCCAAGAGUUUUUCUUGAACUUAUGUGGUUAUAAACUGCCUGGGAUGUUUCCUUUCUUUCUGUCCUUUUAGUAUAGAUAAAUACUGUGUGUAGAAGGAAAGCUUACGGUGAUUGCAUGUGUAUGACUUGGUAUACUGCAAAAAGCUUCUCAAACCACUGCUGAGAUUUUUCACAUUAAAUGGCCCUAGACUCCC